UGAGGGUGCGCCGGGCCCGCCGCGAACAAAGGAGCAGGCGCGCAGGGGACCGCACGCCCGCCGCCACCAUGCCCGCCAACGGCACGGCCGAGGCGGUGCAGAUCCAGUUCGGCCUCAUCAACUGCGGCAACAAGUACCUGACGGCCGAGGCGUUCGGGUUCAAGGUGAACGCGUCGGCCAGCAGCCUGAAGAAGAAGCAGAUCUGGACCCUGGAGCAGCCGCCCGACGAGGCGGGCAGCGCGGCCGUGUGUCUCCGCAGCCACCUGGGCCGCUACCUGGCGGCUGACAAGGACGGCAACGUGACCUGCGAGCGCGAGACACCCAGCGCCGACUGCCGCUUCCUCAUCGUGGCUCACGACGACGGCCGCUGGUCGCUGCAGUCCGAGGCGCACCGGCGCUACUUCGGCGGCACAGAGGACCGCCUGUCGUGCUUCGCGCAGAGCGUGUCGCCGGCCGAGAAGUGGAGUGUGCAUAUCGCCAUGCACCCGCAGGUCAACAUCUACAGCCUGACCCGCAAGCGCUACGCGCACUUGAGCGCGCGGCCGGCGGACGAGAUCGCCGUGGACCGCGACGUGCCCUGGGGCGUCGACUCGCUCAUCACUCUGGCCUUCCAGGACCAGCGCUACAGCGUGCAGACGGCCGACCACCGCUUCCUGCGCCACGACGGGCGCCUAGUGGCGCAGCCUGAGCCCGCCACCGGCUACACGCUCGAGUUCCGCUCCGGCAAGGUGGCCUUCCGCGACUGCGACGGCCGCUACCUGGCGCCGUCGGGGCCCAGUGGCACGCUCAAGGCGGGCAAGGCCACCAAGGUGGGCAAGGACGAGCUCUUCGCGCUGGAACAGAGCUGCGCCCAGGUCGUGCUGCAGGCGGCCAACGAGAGGAACGUGUCCACGCGCCAGGGUAUGGAUCUGUCAGCCAAUCAGGAUGAAGAGACUGACCAGGAGACUUUUCAGCUGGAGAUUGACCGUGACACCAAAAAGUGCGCCUUCCGCACCCACACGGGCAAGUACUGGACACUGACGGCAACUGGGGGCGUGCAGUCUACCGCCUCCACCAAGAAUCCCAGCUGCUACUUUGACAUCGAGUGGCGUGAUCGGCGUAUCACCCUGCGUGCGUCCAAUGGCAAAUUUGUGACAGCCAAGAAGAACGGGCAGCUGGCAGCCUCGGUGGAGACAGCAGGGGACGCAGAGCUGUUUCUUAUGAAGCUCAUCAACCGGCCCAUCAUCGUGCUCCGUGGGGAACAUGGUUUCAUUGGCUGCCGCAAGGUGACCGGCACCCUGGAUGCCAACCGCUCCAGCUAUGACGUCUUCCAGCUCGAGUUCAACGAUGGUGCCUACAACAUCCGAGACUCCACAGGCAAGUACUGGAUGGUGGGCAAUGACUCCUCGGUCACCAGCAGCAGCGACACCCCUGUGGACUUCUUCUUUGAGUUCUGUGACUACAACAAGGUGGCCAUCAAGGUGGGCGGGCGCUACCUGAAGGGGGACCAUGCGGGGGUCCUGAAGGCCUCCGCCGAGGCCAUCGACCCCACCACACUCUGGGAGUACUAGGUGCCGCCCCGUCUUCCACCCCAUUCCCACCCCAUGCCCCACUGCCUUUCGGUUCUGGAGGGCUCCCCUGUUCCUCAGACCCCCGCUAACUCCCUUCUCUAGGUGGGCUCCACAGUGGGUGUCCAGCCCCUUGCCUUUCAAACUGGAAACCCUGGAGAAAAUGGUGCCCCCACCUGUUGCCCCUGUGGCUCCCUUGGGCGGGUCAGUGGCUGCACUGUCACCAGGGAGUGUGGUGGGUCGUGGGGUCCCUCUGCCCUCUCUUCUCUGCUGUGGGCAGGGCUGGCACCUCUUCCUUCUGACCUCAGAUGACUCUGAGCCUUAUUUCUCCAAAGUGGCUGAGAGAAGUGGGUGGCCGGGAGGCCCCCUGAGUCCCUGGGUGUGGUUGCAACUGGAAUCUCCUGUCCCAUUCCUGGAGCCUCUCCUUGCCCCUUUGAGGAGCCCCAACGUGCCCCAAAUCUUCUAGCGGCUCCUCUGGGUGUUGUCCUGGGUGGGGCUGGGGGCCCCCAGCUUUGGCCCCCUUUGCACAGAGGGGCCAGCUCUGCCCACUGCAUGACUGCUGCGGUUGGGCUGUCCGCUUCUAUCUUGGAUCUAGUCUUUUCUUUCACCCUGGCCUGACUGGAAGCAGAAAAUAACCAAAUCAGUAUUUUUUUUUAAUGAAGUUUAUUGCUGGAGGUACCCUUGGCAAAGCCUGGUUGUAGCAUGAGUAGUCACCAAGGGCUGUUGGGGCUCAGAUGGGUUGCUCCAAGUCUAGAGCCUCUGUCUCCACUUCUCCAAGGGACUCUCAUCAGGCCCUUCCCCUCCCUCCUGGACAUGGCUGGUCCCCCUCCCCGCCACCCCGGCCCUGGCCCAUGUCCCCACCUGGUGGUGCUGGGCCCCCCUGCAUCACGGCCAGAGUCCUGCGGUGGGAUUGGUGCUCCACGUGUAUGACUGGAAUCUUCUGGAAUCCUGGGGUCUCCCAGGUGGAUCGAGCCAGUGCUGCUCUCCAUGGGGUGAGCUGCCUGGGCCUCCUGGCCCCCACCCCACCUCGCUGCCCGCACCACCCCGUCCCACCGCUGGUUUGUCAGCCUGUAUCUCACUCGGGGUGUCUUGGUCUUUUAUUUUUUGUAAGUGUCAUUUGUAUAACUCUCAACGCCCAUGAUAGUAGCUUCAAACUGGAAAGAGCAAAAUAAAGGAACAAGAGUCCAUA